UUGUCGACAAAUUGUCGCGCGGAAAAUUUGAAUUUUUUCAAGAAUUAUAUUCAAGAUGGCGUCCUCCGCAGGCACUGACGAUAACGAUUCUGUUCGAGGAAAGAUAAAUGAUUGGCAAGAAAGUUCACAGGCAACUUCAAGCCCGACAGAUAACUCCAAACAAGUUUCUGGAACUGAUGCAGAUUUUUUGGAAAAUUCAAAUGACGCGGACCAACGUCAUAAUGAGUAUUUUGAGGGAGCAGAAGACUGGACAAAUGUUAACAAUCGUUUAAAACAGCACGGGUUUCGUUCAAUUCGACCAACACCCCCAAGUCAAGUCUCGGAGGCUCAGUCAGGUGUUUUUCUCGACGAGGCUGAAGCUCACAUGUUGAGAAAUACGAUUGAGAAACUCUUAGAUGAUUGUGAGCGACGUCAAGCAUUAGUUCAAGAACUUAUCACUUCUUCAAAUAAGUUACAAGAGGAAGUGAAUGAAAAAAGUGACAAAGCGUAUCGUUAUGAUAGAGAGGUUGGUCGACUUCGUAAGGAACUGAAGUCCCAACAAUCAAAAAUUCAGGAACUCGAACAAAAACGUCUGGAUGAAGUACGAAGUCAUGGUGAGGAAAUGCAAGCAACAAGCAUCGCUAAGGCUGACCUUCAAGCAAACUGCGACCUCCUGGAACAAAGAUGUGUUGAAAUGGAGCAAAAGAUUGUUGAACUACAAUAUCAAAAUCAGGAAUUGGUUUCAUUGGAAAAGGAGAGACAGACGAAGACUUCUACAUUUCCACAGCACAGGUUUGAUAACGAUGAGUCCAACAGUCAAGAGAGCAAGGCAAGUCAUGCUGUGGAGAAAGAUCUUGAUGAUGAUCAUCCUAUCGACCAAGACUCACCGACCACCGCUAGUGAGCUGGAUGAUAUGGGACGGUUGACUCCUAAAAAUCUUGAAUCAACGCCUGAAACUCUACAAAGUGAACAAGUUUUGGAAGGAAAAGCUAGUAAGAUCAGCCUUGCGCCAAACUCUAAGUUUCUUCAAAAGAAAUUAAAGACGACUGAAAGACACGUGGAAGAAUCGAAGAAAUUGAUUGAUUUAUUAGAAGAUGAAAAUAAUAAAUUAAAAGCAGAACUAACAAAAAGACCGGGUUUGGAUGAAUGGAGAAAGGCUUGGAAAUACAACAAAAAGCUAGAGCGGAUUCUUAUGGAAAACAAUUUGAGUAUCUCAACUAAAAGAACUAAAGAUAUGAACGAGAGGAAGAAAUCAGUCAAACACAAAACACAUGUUAAAGAUAUUGAUUUUCUGCCCAUCGAUGUCUGCAGAAAGUAUAUCAAGCGAAUAUGCACCAGAUUAAACAUCAAUGACUUGAGAGAAAUCAACCCACUCUUAGACUCCCUCGUAACUCUUAGUGAGUCACAGAAGAAGAUGGAAGCGUUAAUACGCAAAAUCUUGCAAGUGAUAGAUGUAAAGAACGUUCCAUAUCAGUUGCUUGAUGAUAUAUCAGACAGCACAGAACCUCGUGACCAUUCCGUUUAUUGUGAAAAAGCUUGGAAACUAAUCUUACCGACACUCAAAAAGUGGUCAAGUGAAAUAAAGAACUUGAAGGCAGUAAAGGAAGAGAUAACACGCUUAUCUCAGAACCUUUUUCCGUGGAAACCUGUUAACGACUUGUUCAAUGAAGGUAGCGAGAACGAUCCUAGUGUUGAAGAUAUAAGAAAAGCCUUAGAGAAGAUCACAAUGAGCGAUGACCGAGUUAAAGCUUUUGAUUUACGAGAAGACGAUCCUGCUUCGAUGGAACAGUUGAAGGGCAUUGUGGCACAUUUCCAGAAAUUGUUUGAUGUCAAAAGUAUCAGUGGUGUAUUUCCAAGAAUGAAUGAAGUUUACACCAGAGUUGGAGAGACACUUAAUGUGAUGAAGACCAUCAGAGAAACACUUGAUUUAGCGCCGAAUGCCAAUUCCAUUGAAAUCGUCAACGCGAUUGGAAAGAUUCAAACAGCAAAGCACUAUUUGAAAUUCCAGGACUUACCUGGUAUCAUCAAACGUCUUGAAGAAUACGACGAAUUUUUUCCUGCCUUUCAGUCGCUAGUCUCCCAGCUUUACGAUUUGUUAGGCGUUGAUAAGAUGGAUGAGAUUCUCACAGCUGUGAAGGCUUUAAUCCACUUUCCUCAGAAAUAGAAAGUUUCAAACACUAAAUGUAUAGUAUAUAUAUUGAUAAGUGCAAUGGAUACUAGGACUGUUGUGGGAUUUUAGAAAUUCAUUGCGAAAGGUGCUUUAACAUCCACGAAUUAUUUCAAAAGAACAACAUAUAGAAACAUUCGAACUUCGCUUCAAACAAAUAACCUA